AUGGCUGCAGAGAUAGGCACACAAGCUGGUAGUCGACGCUUCGCGCACUUGUCGAAUCCCGAUCCAUCCUGGCAGAAAGUAGCAGCGAAACAGCAGAGCCUCGAGAAACUGGCAGACGGGCUUUACUGUCUGCCAAUGACUGAGUUUCGAAAAGUGGCAUAUGGACCACCGCCGCUGCCUGCGAAUGCACCUGUCAUUGGAACUGACAUAACCGUUGAGCAGGCUGAAAUUUCGGUGAGAGACGGUGCGAGAAUCGGACUACGCGUUUACCGCCCGAUAGAGGAUGGAAGCAAUCGCCUGCUGUUCUUCAAUAUCCACGGAGGAGCGGGAUGGACUUUCGGGACCCCAGAUGCAGAGGAGGCUCAGAAUCGCCUGGUGGCAGCCAAGAAUAAAGCGGUUGUGGUCAGCGUCGAUUAUAGAAGAGCACCAGAACAUCCAUUCCCGUAUGCUCUUCAUGAUGCCCAAGACGCAUUCUUCUGGUGCAAAGAAAACUGUCAAUCUCUUGACAUAGACCCUGAGAAGAUUAUGAUUGGGGGGGGUAGCGCUGGCGCAAACGCUGCAGUACUCGCCCAUAUGGCGCGAGACGAAGGAACGACUGGGAUAAUUGGGCAAAUCUUGAAUAUUCCCGUCACUUGUCAUCCAGACCACUUUCCAGCAUCAAAGCACAAGUACCACUCGUUUGAACAGAAUGCACACGCACCCAUCGUCAACGCAUCCCAUAUGAGGAUGUUCUGGCAUAACUAUCUUCCCAAAGCUGACUCUAACCCACUGGUGAGUCCGCUUUUGGCCCAAUCCUUUGCGGGUCUUCCACCAGCACUUGUACAAGUCGCCGGGAUGGAUCCUCUCAGGGACGAGGGGCUGGCUUACGUCCAAAAGUUGAAAGCAGGCGGGGUAGAUGUAACGGUCAAGAUUUACGAGGGGCUGCCACACGCUUUUUACAUAUAUCCAGAUCUACCUCCAUCUGGACAGUAUUUUCAGACGAUGGUAGAUUGGAUUGAGCACUUGUUAUCGAAUUCCAAUAGCAAUAGUGUGACGGGUUGA